GGCCAGAUACAAAUCCUUUCCCUACUCCACCAUUUGCAUUCCCAAUCAGAGGUGUCGGAUCUCGCCGAGGGGUUGGACGUCCAUCUGUAGAUGGACAUGCAAACAAUAGCACUGGUAUCCGGACGGCCCCAACUACGUCCAAUGGUCAUUCCCGUGCUGGAGAUGGGUUCUUCACCAGAAGAAGACCAAGCACUUCUCAUGGCCGUGCUAGGGACACAGCUAUGGAACCUGGGCCAUCCGGCAACCAAGAUCCAGGUGAGACAAUCUCUCGAAAUCCAAGCAUUAAUCGAGCGCUCGACUUCACUGGUGGUAGAUCUACACGAUCACGACCCUCCAGUUCUGGUGGAAGACGACCAUCUACCACAGAAAUACGAGCUGGAGAUGGGUUCUUUUCGACAAGCAGGCGAACCGUUGCGCCUCCAAAUGACCGUGAGAGUGCUCGACCAGCCACUGCUACUUUACCCGGCUUGUCGUACUCUCAAGAUGCACCUAUACCACCAACACGGAGUCCACCUCCCGAUUAUGAACAAUUCGCUACUGCGGAAUUGAAGGAUAGUGGAAUAAAAGGUUGA